UAAAAACGAGGAGGGCGGGUACCUUAACCGCACAAUCCCCUCAAACUCAACCGUCCGUUUAAACAGCAAGAAAGAGAGAGAAAGAAAAAGGAAGAAGAGAGAAUCGAGAAAAAAAGGCAAUAGAAAAUGGCAGAAAACGAGGAUAUUCAGCCUCUUGUCUGUGAUAAUGGGACUGGAAUGGUCAAGGCUGGAUUUGCUGGAGAUGAUGCCCCAAGAGCAGUUUUCCCUAGCAUUGUUGGUCGCCCACGUCACACAGGUGUGAUGGUCGGUAUGGGCCAAAAAGAUGCUUAUGUGGGAGAUGAAGCUCAAUCAAAGAGAGGUAUUUUGACUUUGAAGUACCCGAUUGAGCAUGGUAUUGUUAGCAAUUGGGAUGACAUGGAGAAAAUCUGGCAUCAUACUUUCUACAAUGAGCUUCGAGUUGCCCCUGAGGAACAUCCAGUUCUCCUCACAGAAGCUCCUCUUAACCCCAAGGCCAACCGUGAGAAAAUGACUCAAAUUAUGUUUGAGACAUUCAACACCCCUGCUAUGUAUGUUGCUAUCCAGGCCGUUCUUUCCUUGUAUGCUAGUGGUCGUACAACAGGUAUUGUUUUGGACUCGGGGGAUGGUGUGAGCCACACAGUUCCUAUAUAUGAAGGCUAUGCUCUCCCACAUGCCAUCUUGCGUCUUGACCUAGCUGGUCGUGAUCUCACAGAUGCCCUUAUGAAAAUUUUAACGGAGCGUGGUUAUUCUUUCACAACUACUGCUGAGCGGGAAAUUGUGAGGGACAUGAAGGAGAAACUAGCUUACAUUGCUCUUGACUAUGAACAAGAGCUGGAGACAGCAAAGACCAGCUCUUCUGUGGAGAAAAGCUAUGAGCUACCAGAUGGACAGGUUAUUACCAUUGGGGCUGAACGAUUCCGCUGUCCAGAAGUCCUCUUCCAGCCAUCCAUGAUUGGGAUGGAAGCUGCUGGCAUUCAUGAAACCACAUACAACUCUAUCAUGAAGUGUGAUGUUGAUAUUAGGAAGGAUCUCUAUGGAAAUAUUGUCCUCAGUGGCGGCUCCACUAUGUUUUCUGGAAUUGCCGACAGGAUGAGCAAGGAAAUUACAGCAUUAGCUCCAAGCAGCAUGAAGAUUAAAGUGGUUGCACCACCAGAGAGGAAAUAUAGUGUUUGGAUUGGAGGCUCCAUUUUAGCAUCCCUCAGCACCUUCCAGCAGAUGUGGAUUGCAAAGGCUGAAUAUGAUGAGUCCGGGCCAUCAAUUGUCCACAGGAAAUGCUUCUAGUUACGCAAAGCAAGAGGUGGGGUGAAGAGAUAUAUACUAUACAUUUUGUAUCACGGCAAGGCUUAUAAAUCAAGUGGUUGCUAUUCUAUCUUUUCUUUUCUUUCUUUUUUAUUUUUUUAAAAUUUAUAUCCAUUUUUUCCUCUCUUGUUCCUUUUUUCCCUUCUUUCCGUUGUUUUCCACUGUUGAUGUCCAGAAGAUGAACAUGGAGCGAUUCAUUUUUUUUUUUUUUACAUUACUAUUUGAUUGUAGAAGAGUUGUGUAUUGUUACUGAUUUGGUUCAUGAAAAUUGGUUUCACGAGAAUUUCUUACAUUCCAUUUCGUUAAA